ACCUUAUUCAAAGAGCAAAUAAACAAAAUAGAUAUUGUUGUAUAAACAAACGGCAAAAUGAAUUAUAACGCAAAGCGCGCUCGGCAAGAUUCUAUUUCUGUUGGACCAUGCGAUUUGGUCUCAUCGUCACCCAUAAUGACAACGCCAUCGGCUCCAGGAACACCACAGUUGCAAACUCUGGAAGAGAUCAAAACGAUGCCAAUUCAUGUACAUCGUCAAGUAAUACUCUUGCAGAGUGGCAAUAUAACACCCCAGGCACAAACCCAAUCACCACCAGCCCAACAAGUCCAGCCGGUACCCAUUCCGGUGGAUGACACCACUCCUGUGUCUCUACUCACAGAGAUUGCCGAUAUAAUGCGCAGUUUUGGGGACAGUGAUCAGCCGCGAACCACUAGCGUCAAACUGGUAGAGCAAAUACUUCAGCAGCAGCUGCGCGGCAUCUUUAAUGAGGCAUCGCUGGUGGCCAUGCGACGAAAGCAAAAUCCCUGUCCAUCACAAGCAGAUUUUGAGUUCCUUAUGCGUAAUCAUCCAGUUAAGAUCGCUCGAAUGCGCAAGCAUUUAAAGGAUAUGCGUAUCUUAAAGAGAUUCCUAAGCAUUCGGACGGGUCGACCACAGGAUUUUAUGGACGACCUUGAACAACAGGAGGAGGAUGAGGAAUUGGCUAUUGAUGUUCAUGAACUUCACGAUGAGGAUCGCAUGCGUCGGCUCUUUCGUGCCGAUCGCAUCUCUCAAAUCCUAACCGGCCAACAAUACCUUGAGUUUAAUGAAGCACGAAAGACUUCGUUCUAUUGUCGUCAUGGCGAGAAGAUUAAGAACAAAUUCCGGCGAUUUCUUGAUUUGCCAGCGGAUUUGCGUAUACCAACGCCCACCAUGAACAUCCUGGCCUAUUUGGCCCAUGAAACAAUUGCCGCUAUUGUAGACUAUUCGAUAUUGUCGCGCCUGAAUUCGGACAAUCGGACGACUGAGCCAUAUAGCCGUGUCACCUCCGCCGGGGGCAGUCCAGCCAUGAUGCACGUUUGUCCAGAAGUCACCCAAGGUCGAGGCAUGGAGGUGGUUAAACCCAUUAGCGUGCAGGAAAUCCAUGAAGCUAUGCGAAGAUUCCGUCAGAUGAGCAGCCGAAAAAUUGGAAGAUACCGUAACUCUUGUGACAUUGAUUUCCGGCGUAGUUUUUUGGCCAUUUAAAUUGAAUGCAAUAAAAAUUAAUUCAAAUCCCUA